GUGGCGGUGUCGGUGUCGGUUGCGGCGUCAGUGCAUGGAAGUGGCUAUGCUCCGGUAGUGAACGUUGGAUAGUGUAGUGCGGUUGGUCGGUUGAAUCGGUUGGUCGGUCGGUCGGUGGGUCGGUGGGUCGGUCGGUGGUUGAUUCUCCGUCUGUCUCGCGUCGCCGGGUCGUAUUUCUCCAGGUCGAGCAAAGAGCGACGUCGAGUAUCGUCCACGAGGCGCGGACGGCGAUACGGCGACGACGGGACCGGAAGAAGAAAGAAAGAGAGAAAGAGAGAUGGAGAGAAGGGAAAGAGAGGCGAGAGAAUAGGAGUGAUCGAUAAGGAGAGACCUUAGGCGCUGGUUUCGCAAAACCGGUACGGCGGUGCGCGACGUGUAGCGAGAGGAGCGACACGGAGGAAGAUAUAGACCCAUUCCCUGAGAGUGCGAUUGUGUGUGCGGUGCGCCGGCGACGAGAGCGGAAACGCGCGCGUAUAUAGUACGCGCAUACACGCGAGCAUACCCACUCAACACGCAGGCGCGUGCGAGCGACCCGCCACACACGAGGGUGGAACGGGGACCGGCGAGGAAGGGAAACGUAGUCGGCUCGGUUCGUCGACUUGGCUCGCUCGUGAAAGGACGGUUCUUGAAUCCGGAGCGACCGGAGGCCGAGGGAGAGAGCGAGAGAGACCGGAAGAGGGUACGAAAGAGGGUACGCGAGAGAGGGCACAUUCGUUCGUUCGUUCGUUCGUUCGCCGCGUCGGCGUCGGCUCAGGAAAACAGGAAGGCGGAAAAAGAGGGAGCCGACCGCCUCUCAUUCUCUCUCUCCUCCCCCUCGAUCUCUAUUCGCCCUCGUUCGAUAGGCUACGCCGGCCGAAAGAAGGUCAAAGAUCGAUCCUCGGGCCGACGAGGGUCGUGACCUCGCCGUACGCCGCCGCCGAGUACGAAGUGACCCACGCGCGUAGUAGUAGUAUCCGCUAGUAGUAGUACGUCGACCAGAAGCACGGAAGUUGUACUCGGGUGAAAAGGCGAGGAUAGGCGGCGGGUGGCGGUGCGGCGGAUGGGCGGAGAGAAGAUCGAUCGGACGGAGGAUCAUUGUCGCGACGCGAGCAUGAGAUCGAUCGAUCGACGGAGGAGAGACCGAAUCGACGGCCCCCGUUGAGAUCGACGACGACACGAGGAGAUAGAACUGUCUUGCGACGCGUGGACGAGAGCCAAGACUGAGAUCGAGACAAACACGUUCUCGUCAAUGCUGGUCGUUCGCGAACGCGCCAUCACACGUAGAAUAGGAACGUCCUCGUUCAUCCCGCAGCACGUCGCGUCUGCCGUGUCUUGGCAUCGAAGAUCACGGAAACGCAAAGAAAUCGGGAGUGCAUCAUCGACCAUAGCCGAAUGCUGGAGCACGAAGCUGGGAACGAAGCGAGGUUCGAGUCGGCCGAGGAAAAGCGAUCGUCGAGAUUCCGGCGCGCGAGGCAGCAGCACGCCUCCAUCAUCCGAUCGUUACCCUAACUGAACCCUCGGACAGGACGGACGUCCCGCUGCGAUUGGACGGAAACGCGCUCGUUGGACGAAUCAUCCGUGCGAGCAAUCGGGCUGAUAUGAGCGUGAAAAUGCGCGAGGGUGACGAGGCACAGGGGAACAGCUGCGAGGCGUGACAAUGCAAUUGUAGGAUUUUCGAGAUCCUCGAUUUCAGAUUCUCUCGAAGAAAUUGGAGAACGAGCACUGCCGAAGAUACGGACAGACCUGAUCACUGGGUCGCGAGAAGACGCGUGGCAUUGUUAAAAAAAAAUCGCACAAAGCGACGACGAAGAGGGGAGAACCGGAACGGAGGAGAGAAGGAACAUUGACGUGUGACACCGACGAGACACUAACACGCCAAGGAACAGAAAGAAAAGAAGGAACGUGAGGUUUGACUUCACGCGGAGGUUCUCCGUAGAAUGUCACGGGACCCUUACUCAAGCAGCGGCGUGAUCGGUCCCGGUGGUGGCACACGUUCGCCACGCAGCGGUCGUCGCGUGGGCGAACUGCCGACCGUCGAUCGUAGUCCGUCGCGAAGUUAUGCGAGCGGUCGUGGCAGUCCUCUGGGCGGUCGCAAGCAACGGGGCACACGCAGCGGCAAUAACUCGCCGGAGCACCUCGGCUACGGCGGCGGCAGCUACCAUCACCAUCAGCUGGGCAGCCCGUACUACUCUCGCGACGAGGACCUCGGCAGUCCCGUGAUGCUCGAGGAGAGGGGCAGGAGCAUGUCGACCGGGGGCGGUGGGGGCGGACAUCACCGAUCCAGAAGCGCCUCGAGACCCGCCAUGUCCAGCUCGGCGGGCAUGGUAGCGCGUUACACUAGCCUCGACCGUGCCACCGCCGGCGUUCUCGAUCAUGAUCGGGAAUUCAUGCCGAUCCGUGAACCGAGCCGCGAUCGUAGCCGCGAUCGCGGUCUCUACCUGGAGGACGAGCUCUAUGGCUCCAGGUCGGCGCGCCAGAGUCCGAAUCCGCACAUACUACGCGAUGGCGGUGGGUACAUCGGCGAGCUCCAGCACCAGAACAACGAUCUGCAACGUGAGCUCGGUAACCUGAAGAAGGAACUCGAGCUAACGAACCAGAAGCUGGGCAGCUCGAUGCACAGUAUCAAGACCUUUUGGAGUCCGGAGCUGAAGAAGGAGCGAGCGCUGCGCAAGGAAGAGAGUACCAAGUACAGCCUCAUCACUGAGCAACUCAAAAUGCUCAGUUCGGAAAAUCAGAAACAAAACAUAUUAGUCCGUCAAUUGGAAGAGGAGCUCAGAAUGAGGAUACGCGGGCCGAGCGUCGAGAUGCAGCAACAAAUGGAAGUUUUGUACAAUGAGAACGAGCAUCUGACUCGCGAGAUCGCCAUACUUCGUGAUACGAUAAAGGAACUUGAAUUAAGAAUAGAAACGCAAAAGCAGACGCUGCAGGCUCGUGAUGAGAGUAUCAAGAAGCUCCUCGAAAUGCUUCAGAACAAGGGGAUGGGAAAAGAGGAGGAAAGGAUCAUGUUCCAGCAGAUGCAGUCGAUGGCCCAAAAGCAGACACGUUCUUGCCCAUCACGACUUACCGCUAUCAUCGCCAAUCGUCGUUAUCGAUGCACAAGCAGCGGGGCGGUCCGAAAGUCGUCAAGUCGCGUCAAGCCGAGCCGAUCCCAGGCCCAAGGGAGGACUUUGCGACUGUUUGGCACCGACCUGAUGCGAGACGCGAUAAUACGACGUCGUUCUCCUCGCGAGCUCAAAGCGACGAACGAGAGUUUGAAGAGUCUGCAGACACAGCUGGAGCUCGCGUACGCCUCGACCGCGUCCUCGGGACAGCCGGUGGCUGGCGGCGGCAGCGGCAUGGGAUUGACGGGCGUAGCGGCCAACAUCAUGGGGCUAGGUAGCGUAUCGGGGGGUGCAGGUGCAGGCGGCGGUACCGUCCUCGGAGGUAGCGUGGCGGUUCCAGGCGGCGUGCCCGGUAGCACCACCCUGACCGCCAUCAUGGAGACGAAAGACGCGCGCAUAACCACCUUGGAAAAGGAGGUGGCACUGCUGGAGGCCGAGUUGCAGCGUAUUAAGGUGUGCGGCGGCAGGCUGCGGGAGCAGCUGCUGAAAGCCAUCGCUGUGCCAGCUGCCGACGGUAGCGCGCAGCAACAACAGCAUCAGCAACAACUGGGUAUCGGCACGCAGUUGACCGGCCUGGGUGGUCAGCAACAGCCCGGCACGUUGCCCCUGACCAGGGGACCGUCCAUGAUGACCUCGCUGGUACCGUACGGUGGCCACGCGUCGUCCGCGGCACUAACCAGUUCGUUACUUACCGGUUCGACAGGUGCAACCGGGAGCGGCGGCGGUCUGGGCAUCGGUGGUGGUUCCUCAUGCCUGGCCGGCAUCUCGUCGGGCGCGACCACGGGCGUGGUCAACCCCUACGCUGAUCGCUACGCUACCGAUCAUCAUCCGCAUCAGCUGCACCAUCACCAGCAUCACCAUCAUCACCACCUCCAACAUCAGCUGCAGCAGCAGCAACAAAUGCAGCAACACUUGAAACAAAUAGAACCGGCGGCGGCGGGCGCCCUCGCGCUUCACGCACACACCUUCAACAAGCACGACUUGAACUUCAAACGGCAAGUCGACUACUCGCAGAUGAGGCGACUGUAUUUUGCAUUCCAAACGCAAAAAUCCCAGCAUACGAGUCGAAUAUUGCUGGACGAGCUCCGGACGGAGGUACAGCGACGGGACCAGGAGCUGCUGGCAAUGUCGGCGAAAAUGAAGACGCUUGAAGAGCAACACCAAGACUACCAGAGGCACAUCGCCGUACUCAAAGAAUCUCUCUGCGCCAAGGAAGAGCAUUAUAACAUGCUACAGGCCGAUGUCGAGGAGAUGCGGCAGCGACUCGAAGAGAAGAAUCGGAUGAUCGAGAAGAAGACACAGGCGGCGAUGCAGGCGCAACAGGAGCGCAAUCGCAUAAACACCGAGUUGACCGAGCUGAAAGAUCACAUGGACAUCAAAGAUCGCAAGAUCAACGUUCUACAGCGCAAGAUCGAGAAUUUGGAGGACCUGUUAAAGGAGAAGGAUAAUCAGGUCGACAUGGCCAGGGCCCGGCUGACAGCGAUGCAGGCGCAUCAUUGCAGCAGCGAGGGUGCACUUAGUAGUCUCGAGGAAGCGAUCGGAGAUAAAGAGAAGCAAAUGGCACAAUUACGUGAGCAGAGGGACCGAGCCGAGCAAGAGAAGCAGGAGGAAAGGGAGUUACACGAGAGGGAAAUCGCCGAGUACAAAAUGAAGUUACAUACUUUGGAGUCCGAGGUGGAGAAGUUGGGCGCGCGUUUGGAGCGAGCGCAGGCGGAGAAGGAUCGGUUGGAGGCAAAGCUGGAAAGCUCGCAAUCUGAGCUUGGUAAAAGCAAAGCCGAGUUGGACAAGGCCGCGUCCGAGGUUGGACGCAGCGGCGCGGAUUGGGAGGCGGCAAAGCAGCGACUAGCUAGAUUGGAACUGGAGAAUGAGAGGCUGCGACACGACAUGGAACGAUCGCAGGGAUAUGGCAGGAGCACACUGAACUCGUCCCAAGAAAUGGAACGCGUUCAGGAACGAGCCGACAAAACGGCCGCCGACCUUAGAAGAGCUCAAGCAGAGCUGAGAGUUACACAAGCGGAUAACGAGAGGGCGCGUGCCGAAGCCGCGUCUCUCCAAGAAAAAGUGGAAAAGAGUCAGGGCGAAGUGUACAGGCUUAAAGCCAGGCUGGAGAAUGCUCAAGGCGAGCAGGAAAGCCUGCGGGAAGAGUACGAUCGAGCCCAAGCCUCCGUGGCUCGGCUUCACUCAGAAAGAGACAAGGCGAUCGGUGAACUUGAAAAGUCGCAGGAGGAACUCGAACGCACGCAGGCUACUCUCGGCAAGGCGCAACUUCAGCAAGAUAAAUUACAGAAUAUGUUGGAUAAAACGCAGAGCGAAGUUGACAAGCUGCAAGAGAAGCUCGAUAAGACGCAGACGGAAGUUCGUAGAAUGCAAAUGGAGAGAGAGAAACAGAACUACGAUUUCGAGAACCUGCAAAGCCAGCUCGACAAGGCGCUAGGACAGUCAACGAGGAUGCAAAAGGAGCGUGAAACGAUUCAACUCGAGGUCGAUCGAUUACAAGACAAAUAUGAAAAGGCUCAAGUCAUAAUGCAACGACUACAGAAAGAACGAGACAGCUUCCAGGAAGAAAUGGAGAAAAUGCACGAAAGGAUAGAACUGCAGCAGAAUCAGCUAGGCAAGAUGCAACGCGAAAAGGAGAACAUGCUGUCAGAACUCGAUCUGGUGAAGGAUAGAUGGGAGAAGGCGCACAACACUCAUCAGAAAUUGACGCUCGAGCGAGACGACGCCUUGACUGAAAUCCAAAUCCUCAAAGAGAAAUUGGAUAAGGUUCAGUAUUCCAUGAACAAAGCUCACGAAGAUCGGGAGAAUACUACCAAGGAAUUCGAGAAGAUGCUAGAGAAAUACGAUAGGGCACAAAGCGAGGUAUACCGUCUGCAGAACCGCAUCGACGUAAUGGAGGCCGACAAGGAUCGGCUCGAACUCGAGACGGAGAAACAGCAAAUGCUGGCGGCGAAAUCGCGCGAGGAAUCGCGCAAGGCUCAAGAGGAACUGGCACGGGUGCAAGAGAUGUACGAUCGCGCAGCGCUGCAGCUCGGUCGUACGAAGGAACACGAGGAGAAAUCGAAGGAAAACAUCGACCGGCUGAGCGUCGAUCUGGAGAUGGUGCGUGAGCGUUACGAGAAAUCGCAGAUCGAGCUGCGGCGCCUGCAGAACGAGCGCGAAAAGCUGGUCGCCGACAACGAGCGCAUCAGCUUCGAAUUGGAGCGUGCGCACUCGCAGCUUAAUAAGGCGCAGGCGGCGACGGAGAAGACACAGGAAGAGCUCGCGCGUAUGCAGCUGGAGAUCGAGAAGAUGUACGAAAAGCACGACCGUCAGCAGGUGGAGGUGAGGAAGGCGCAGGCGGAAGCGGAACGGCUGCGCACCGAGGCGGAGAGCUCGCGCGAGGAGGUCGAGAGGUACGCGACCCGCUUCGGCAAGUACCAGGAGAGCCAGGAGCGACAGAAGGAGGAACACGAGUGGGCGAAACUGGAGGUGGAGCGGCUACGCGACCGUCUGGAAAAGACCCUGGCGGAGCUCGAGCGUGCGCGGAAGGCCGAGCAGGACGCCUCGAGGCUGCGCGCCGAUUUGGAGCGUGCGGAGGGCGUGCGAGGUAAAUACCAGUACGAGCAGGAGAAGUGGCAAAGCGAGGGUAGUAGGCUACAACAGGAGGUGGACAUACUGCGCGAACGGCUGGAAGGCCGCGAGGCCGAGCUCAAGAGAACGCAGUCCAACCACGCCGAGCUCGAGGCGAAGCUGCACGAGGCGCAGCUUCAACUCGAGCGGGCGCGCGAGGAGACCGGCAAGGCCACGGCGCAGCAGGAACGCAACCGUUCGGAGAUCGAACGCGCGAAGAUCGAGGCCGAGAAGAUUCGCGAUCGGCAUGACAAGGUGAAGGCGCGGGGAGAUGCUCUCGAGGCGGACAACGAGAAGCUACGCGUUGAGAUCGUGCGAUUGGAGCGACUGAUGCAGACUGAGGGUAAGACGAGAUCGGAGAGCGCAAGCAUAGAGGUCGAGCGUCUACGCGCCAGUCUAGACAAGGCGAUUGUGGCGCGCGAUCAGGUCGAGUUGGAAGCCGGUAGGCUCGCGAAGGAACUCGAGAAGGCGCACCUGCAGACCGCCAAAUAUCAGGAAGCUGCCGAGGCUAGCAAGAAGGAGUUCGAGCGUCUCGCAGCGGAAGUGCAGCUGUUGAGAGAUGAACGCGAAGCGCUGCGCCAAGAAUUGCGCCGUAUACAACAGCAACAGCAGCAGCAACAGCAGCAGCAGCAGAUCGCCGGCAACGAGGAACAUGCCCGGCUACAGUACGAGCUGCAGCUGGCACAGCGCGAGCGCGACAAGAUGGCAGCGAUCCUGGAAAACAGGGAAAAGCACUCGGAGAAGAUGAAGGAAAAAUUGGAAGCGGAUGCGAAGCAGUUGCAAGUAGAGCGCGACCAGCUGGUGAUACAGCUGGAGAAGUCGCAAGAAAUGCUGGUCAACUUCCAGCAAGAGCUGAGCGCGAACGAGGCCGAGCUAGAGCGUCAGCGCGAAGAGGCCCGCCGUCUUCAACAGCGAGCCCACGCGCAGACGCCCGAUCGCGUCGCCAAAGAGGCGCUCGACGCACAGAUGCGCGAAGUGCAGCGGCUCCAGCAGCAGGUCCAAAAUCUGCAGCAGGCGCAACAGAAGGAACGCCAACGCGCCGAGCAAUCGGAGAAACGGGUACAGGAGCUGCAGAAACAACUCGCGUCGCGCGGAGUCGAAACGACGCAGCCCGACGUGGCCCAGCUCGAACAGUGGCGGAAGCUCUGCGAAACGGAGCGCCAGCGGGCAGACACGGCCGAGCGCGAGGCUGGCGACCUGCAAAAACGCAUACAGACGACGGAGCGACAACUACACGUACACCAACAACAGAUUCAACAGAUGCAGGUUACCAUACAACAACAGCAACAACAGCUGCAACAGCAGCAGCAGCAGCCGCCCUCGCAACAGAACGGUCAGGAGGUCGGCAGGUUGAGAAAGGAGCUGGAACGCGCGCACGAGGAAAUUAAGCAGGCGACCGUGGAACGUGAGCGGUUCCAGGCGCAGCUCGAGAUGCUGUGCCAGGAACUGGAGAAGAAUCAGGUGGACUUGCACGAGGCGAACAAGAAACUUCAAGCUGGAGCCGCGAAAGUUGGCGCCGAUACCAGUCAAGAGAGGAAACAAUUGGAGGAUCAAAGACGACAAUUGGACGAGCAGAGAAGGCAGAUAGAAGAGCGAGCGAAGUCCGUAGAUCAGAAAGCUAGAACGACAGAAGAAAAGGAGAGGACGCUCCAAAAUCUCGACCAGGAUCUGAAGAAGAGAAAGGCAAGGAUGGACCAACUGGAGCAGCAGCUACAAAAGAGUGGCGGAGCGCCAGACAAGAGAUUAGCGGAAAUGCAAAAGGCGCUCGAAGUUGCCGAGAAAGAGCUGGAAAAAGCAAAGGAAGAAUCGAGCAGGAGCUCCGCCGAAACCGAGAGGCUAUUACAGCUCGUGCAGAUGACCCAGGAAGAGCAAAACUCCAAAGAGAAGCAGAUCAGAGAUCUUCAAGAUGCACUCAAAACCGCACAAGCUAAGUUGAAACAAGCUACAACUGCACAGCAAGAGGCGGGACCCGCUGGAUUCCUAAAAAGCUUGUUCUAAGGUCGAUUUUCGUUGGGAACGCUUUCUCCGUUCUUUUUAGUACAAUUUGCAUAUUAUAAGUGAGAUUUUACGAAUGUAGACGUACAUACGGGAGACUUGAACGAAAGAUCGACGUCGAUCCGCCAAUGGACAAAACCCACGUCGAAACAUAUAAUUAUUUUACGUAAAAAUGCUGCGACCAUUGUUAACAUAUUUAAUAAUUAUAGCGAGAGGAUAAU